AUGCGAGAGGGUAAGACCCUGAAAACAUACUCUGACAGGUACUGGGAGAUGUUCAAUGAGAUUGAUGGGAAUUUUGAUGACGUAGCUAUAAGGACUUUCAUGGUUGGCCUGCCCGCCGAGCAUGAUUUGAGGAAAUCCUUGACAAGAAAACCCAUUAGAAGUGUGUGUCAGCUCAUGGACCGUAUUGAUGAAUAUAAGAGGGUUGAGGAGGACCAACAGCAAGGUAAGGGGAAGGUUAAGGUUAUCCCUCAGGAUAGGAGGGAUUUCAGGUCAGACAGAUACAAUAAUAACCAGCCCCGAAGAGACUUUGCUAGGCAAUCUGGGUCUACUGCUACUCAAGUGGUCAGCACAGUGUUCCGUGAGCCAGUGCAUCAACUAGUCAAAGAUGAAAGGUUAAAGCAAUUUCUAUAUCAGCCCAGUGGGCAAAGCAGCCAGGCAGGAUCGAGAUCUCAGAGAGAUACUUCUUCAAGGCCACCUUUGGACACAAUUAAUGUCACCCUCGCUGCUCCAGGAAGGACUGGUUCUCAUCCCUCUAGGGUGAUGUUUAUAACUCGGCCACCUGCCGAGGACUCCAACCCUGAUCCGAAAAGGACUAAGAUGGAGCCAUACGACGAUGCUCUAGUGGUCACCUUCAGGAUAGAAGGGUAUGAUGUGAAGAAGGUGUCGGUAAAUCAGGGUAGCGGUGCAAAGAUCAUGUACCCUGAUUUGUAUAAUAGGCUAAACUUGAAACCCGAGGAUUUGACAGUCUAUGAUUCGCCCUUGUUAGGCUUUAACGAGAAAGUCGCUGUUCCGAAGGGUCAGAUUAGACUACUGGUGCAAGUAGGUUUGGAAGUGGUGGAGGUUGACUUCAUUGUAGUGGAUGCCUACUCCCCCUACACUGCCAUUGUGGCAAGACCCUGGCUUUAUGCCUUGGGGGGCUGUUUCCUCCACCUUACAUUUGAAAGUGAAAUAUCCGUCCAGGGACCAGAUUUAGGAGCUGGUUGGGAGCCAAGUGCUUAUAAAGCUCCUAGGGUGGACUCAAACUUCAUUUUCCAUCAUUUAAAUGUCAACUCGGCUGUCGUCCCCAAAAAGCAACCACCGUGGUGGUUAUCUAAAGAGCAUUCUGAUGCUGUUAAGGACGAGAUGAUCAAACUUAAGCAAGCUGGGGCUAUUAAAGAGGUAUUUUACCCUGAGUGGCUAGCCAAUACUGUAGUGGUGAAAAAGAAGAGUGGAAAGUGGCGAGUAUGUGUGGAAUUCACAUAUUUGAACAAGGCCUGUCCAAAAAACCAUUUCCUCAUGCCUUAG